ACUUGACUAACCACUUAAGCGAGUGACUAUGGUCUCCCUCAAGGUUAUUGGCAUUGCCCUUGGUGUUCUCACUGUUCUUGCUGGCAUGCUUAUUGAGACGCAGGAGCUCGACGGCUGCAUGUUUGAUCCGGACCACCUUCACGAGAUCGUUCAGUCGGUCAUCUCUGACUAUCCGGACCCGGAGGAUGUGCGCGGGCGGAUUGAUGCUGUUGUGGAGCGCGUGGACAAGGCGUACCCGGGGUACCUGCAGGGCAAGGACCGCGAGGAGUGGCUGCUCAACUUUGCCGGCAACGCUGUGGGCCAGAUGUGGCCGCUGCGGAUCACGCUCUCGUCGUACCUCAUCAUCUUUGGCACGCCGCACGGGCCCAAGGAGAACCCGGGCAUUCCCGGCAUGUCGACCAACGCGGCGUUCACCGGACGCUACCCGCUGGCCACCGACUUUUUCAUGCCGCUCACCGGGAUCCAGCUCGGCUACGCGCCUGGCGACAUGCGCGUCACCGUCCACAAGCCCGGUGACAUGCACAUUCUCAAGCCCGGCGACGCCGAGGUCUACGAGUUCCCGGGCUACAUUGCCGGCGAGUCGACCGGCGGCGGCUUUGCCCUCGAGUACGCCUGCGGUGGCUCAGCACUCCGCGCCGGCGAGACCGCGCCGUCGGGCAAGUCGGCUGGCGUCCGCGGCGCGUGGAAGGGCACCAAGGCCACUCUCUGGUCUCUCUUUGCCAUCCCCUCGAUGCUGCCGUUUGGCCUCGUCCAGAUCGCCACCUCGACCCACGACUACUACACCGCGUGGCGGACUGUUUACGUGUCGGCGUGGUACAUUGUGGAGAACCUGCUCCGCGGGCAGAUCUAACCAGCUAAACUAUGCCUCACACCUUUGGCCAGAGCGCGAUC